AUGACUCCUCUCCCAAAAACACUCCACUACCACCACCCCUCCUUCAAUCACCGCCAUUCUCCAUUCCCUCUACCUUCCUCAACCUUCUCCAUCCGCCCUCUACCUCCUCGCCACUUCUCCUCUCCCCCAUUCUUAUCAUCAUCAUCAUCAUCAUCAUCAUCCAUCAAAGCCUCAUCCUCCUCAUCCUCAUCCUCCCCCUCACCAAAACCCCAAAACCCUUUUUCCCAAUUACUCAAACUCCUAAACCCCUUUUACUCACCUCUCUUCGAACCCGCUUACGUCGCAGUAGCACUUCUCGCAUUCUUCUUGUUUCGCUUUCAACAAAAUCCUGCCACCGUAACAUCACCACUCCCACCUCCUCCAGCCCAAUCUUCCACCACCACCGCCGCAUCACCACUUCCACCUCCUCCUGAAGAAUCUUCCACUGCCACCACCACAACCACAACUGACGAGAAUUCAUCCGAAAAUAAUUAUCUAAUCGAUGACAUCCUGAUUGAAACUUGCAGCGAUGUGAACGCUCUCCGCUCACUCGCGGAGGAGAAAGUGAAGGCGAAAAAACUAAGCGAAGCGAUUCGUGCUGUGGACCGUAUAAUUGAACUCGAACCAGAGGAAUUUGAUUUACAUUUACUGAAAGCACAUUUGCAUUGUUACAAUGGGGAACAUGAACUGGCUAAGAACGGGUUUGAACUUACUUUGAAUCGAGAUCCGUUUAAUUCUGAGGCUUAUCGCGGUCUUCUGAUGGCGAAUAUGGAAUUGAAGGAGCCGUUGGAGGGUUUUUUGAAUAGGGUUGAUGAAGUAGUGAAGUUUUUCGAGGAGAAAAAGAUGGAGGCGGAGGCGAGGGAUUUUAAGCUUUUGAUUGCACAGGUGAAGGUAAUGCAAGAGGAUUAUUCGGGUGCGUUGAAGGUGUAUGAGGAAAUUGUGAAGGAAGAACCUAGUGACUUUAGACCUUAUUUGUGUCAGGGUGUUGUGUAUACUCUGCUUAGGAAGAAUGAUGAAGCUGCGAAACAGUUUGAGGAGUAUAGGAAACUUGUUCCGGAGAAUCAUCCUUAUAAAAAGUUAUUUGAGGAUAACACUCAGAUUUUGUCGAAGAAGAUUGAGAAGGGAGGAAUAGAAGCAAAGAUUUGA